ACGGUGCUUCCCCAACAGCACUUUGCGCUUUCACGUGAUUAUAAUUUUCCAUCAGGCAGACCAUUCUUUUUCUCCUUCCAACUCGGCUCAACGUGAAAAUCAAAACAAUAUAUACUUUUACUGCGUCGCGUUGCUCCACUUUCCCUUCUGUCUUUUUCUUUUAAUGACACUCAUCGCAAUCAUUCGUAAUGAUCGGUCCCCGACGACGAACGAGAAAUUACAAUUUACAUCAUGGACGUGCAAGAGGAACACGAUACGAUGUAUAAAAAGAGAAAAUGAAAUGUCGCGCGAGUGGCAGUUUCGACCGAUGGAAGGAUGGCAAACCUCGUAUCGAUCGCGAUCGUUAUUGCAGUUUGGAGCGUGCCACGAUCCACCGGGAUCGAUCCACGUGGAUCGAUCGAGAGAAGGGCAACAGCGGCAGGUAUAGCAGACGAAGCUAUCAGAAAGAUUUUUCGCAUAAUCUCCACGGAAAAUUCGAACGAAAAGGAUGACGAAUUGCUGGUGAAACUUGUCAAAGAGGAAAUCGUAAGAACGGCACAAAGUAUCAAAACGCCAUCAGGUUCGAUCGAGGCUGCAACCAGAAGAGCACAAAGAUUGGUCACCGAAUUGACAGCUGCAUACAUUACUGCUAUUUACAAAUCAAAAUCAGUGGAAGAAGCCAAAGUGAAUUUUUCUCGAUUUCAGAAUACGGUUCAGAAGAUCGUAGAUUUUAUCAAAAAUUGCCAAUUUGCACUUUGAUCUUCUGAAAGAUAUAAAAAAUUUCAAAAGCCUAUUAUAAACAUUAAGAGAAAUUUUGCUUAUUAUAAACAAGUUAUAAAAUAAAGUUGACUAAAAGUUAUUAAA